UUAAUGACAUUUGUUUGUGUGACAGAUAAUGUGAAGUGGCUGUAUUUGUGAUUCAUUGAGUUUAAAAAUCUGUUUUUAAUACCCAGGUAUUUUAAGACUCGUUAAAUUUUGAAUAUCGCAGGAUAACAUUAACAAUAAUUUAUAAAAAUGGGUGAAGCGUGCCAGGCCUGCCUGACGAGAGUACCUCAUGCAACCUUAAUCGCUACAAUAAUGUGUUGUUUGGGCGUGGGAGUGUUUUGUGGCACAAUGUAUAGAGGAUCUUCUCUUUCUAUCCUUAUGUUUGAUGAAGUAUUCCACUUUCGUCUGAUUUGGAUUGAAGCUCUGCAGAUGAUUUUCAUCGUGGGAAGUGCUUGUAUGGCAGCACUAGGAUUCAUGCUCCUAUGCUUAGGUUGCCUCACUACAGGUGCAACUAGACAAAGGGUAUACAGGGCAUGGAGAGCCCGAGUUGGAGGAAGAAUAUCCUGUGCUGUGUUCAUGGUCAUCACUUACAUCUUGACAUUUGUCUGGAUAAUACUUCUAGGAUUCUUAGUGAUAACAACUUUCUUGUUCACAAUUUUCUGGAAACUUUGCUCAAAGCCAAAAAACAUUGACUUAUCAACAUGCAUCGACUUUACCCAGUUUGAUUUUAUGUUUCCUUCAGUUGUCAAACAAGAGGAUAUGAGAAUAUGUGAAGCUCACAAAGUUAAACUUUUCUGCAAAGAUUAUGUUGAGAAAGCAGAAUUUAUGUUCAUUCUGGCAAUGGUUUCAUGUGUACUAGUUAUAUUGAGUUUGGUGCAUUAUUUAAUGUGCUUAUCUGCCAACUAUGCACACAUCAGAGAUCAUGACAAAUUCCAAGAAUUGCAAGAGCUUCAGUAUCUUGCUAACAAUGACAUGCAUUCAUCUAAAGACAGAUUCUAGUAUAUGGCCCGUGCGCCAUUACUGCGCUCCCUCGAAGCCACAACUAAAAUGUGACAAAGUUAAAUUGUAACUGCAUUGAUUGACCAUAAAGUGUUCACUGACAAAUUUAGGUAAAAUAAAAGACUGAUGUCCAGUGGGUGGCAUUCAAUGAUGAUUAGUAAGAUUGGACUUUGCAUUUACAUAUCCCAUUCCUAAUACUUUAGAGUAGUAUUAUAAAAUUAUUUCUUUUGCACAUUUUCUUCCAUUUAUAUCUUAGUAAGAUACUUUAAAAUCUUGUGUCCUCUUGACUAUUUCGUCCAUGAAACAUUCCGUUACAAUUAAAUAUAUAUGUGUAUAAUUUACAGUGAUAGAGCAAGGAAGAGUUAUACAUCAUCAGGUCAGAAUACCUAUAUGCUAUGUAUUGUAUAAUUUACAUCCCAGCUUAUUUAAUCUUUUUUCAUAUAAUAAUAAUAUGAGCAUGUAUAUGUAAAGGUGCUCUGUAAAAUUAUGACUUAUUUUUUACUUUUUUAGUAUUACUAAGUACAUAAUUACUGAUGUAAUUUUAUUUCAAAUUACUAUAGCAGUCUUAAAUAAACAACUCAUCAAUAUAGAAAAAAAGGCAGCUUGUGUGAUUUUAGUUUGCAUUUGAAUUAUAAUAAAUCUAUUUAAUAGAUUGUAAUGGUGUAUGUCUGGAAUCUAUUGAAAUAGUAAUUACAAAAAAACAUUGUAAUUUUUAGUAGGUAAUUAAUUAUAAUUAACUUAUAUAUUAUACUAUAAUUAUAAAUAAUUACCUAAAAUUAUUAUUCUUUUAAUAUAUCUAUGAUUUCAAGUUUCAUUUUAGUUAUAAGUACUACUAAUUAUUGGUAGUGUUUCUGUUUUAUUAAGCCCUAUUAAGUUGCAGUGUAGAAAAAUAUUUUAAAUAAAAAUUUAAAAGAUAUGUUCAGUGUUUAAGUACAAUGUUUUUACUAUAAUAGGGUAUAACUCAAUAGAAAGUUUUAACAUUAGUCAGCACAAUUUGAUAUCAGGAUGUUUUAUUAAUAAACUGAAGCAUUUAUGGUAUGUUAUAUUUUUUUAUAGCUCACUAUUAUAUGUAUAACGAUGUUUCUUCACAAUUUUAAUACCACCUUUACCAAUUUUUUUUGUUACUUUAGAAUUAAGUCAUAGUUUAAUUAGAAAUAAGUUUGUUAAAAAUAAAUCAUUUUUAUAAGGUAGCUUCUAGGUAACUAUAUUCCUGAUGUUGAAAAAUAUUAAUGUUUUUUUACUCUGAUAUGAGGAGUGAAAAAUUGUCCAAGGCCUGUGUAGAUGUUUUUUGCAUUAUUACCCCUUUUACAUCAAUUUAUGUAUUCAUUGAUUGAUAUAAUUUGUACUGCCUAGGAUAAGUUUUGUAAUUUAAUAAAUGUUCAUUAAUUUAACUCA